GGGAGGCUACUUCUCUUCGGUGCCACAUGGACAUGUCUGACGUCACAUCCGCCAUCUGAAGCUGCCGCUUGUACAGAGCAUCGUGAAGAUGGACAUUGGCGUCAACACGCCGAGCAGUCCUCACCCCGUGGAUGGCAAAAACUAGAAAAAGAAAAUUUCUGCGAAGCUAACCAUCAAAAUCGUCGCCAGGCCUGGCUGAUGCUCACCAUGCACCUCCUGAGAGGACGAGAGUGGUGGUUCACAGUGGCAAUAGCCUUUCUUGUUCUCGUCGCCCACGGGGUGAGGUCUGCUCGGCGUGUUGAUGCCAAUGUCCAUCUUCAAAAUGCUUUGUAUAAGCGGCAGCUUCAGAUGGCGGAUAUGACGUCAGACAUGUCCAUGGGGCACCGCAGAGAAGUAGCCCCCCUUUCCAUGUCGGAACUUGACGAGGUGAUGGCCUUAGGUCCGAACUCAGCCCUGGAGGUCACAAGGUCAGCAAGCACAGUCCAGGGCACACGACUGCUUCGUCUGCAAGAGACCUUCAAAGGCAAGCCUGUAAACGACGCCGUCCUGACGGUGGAAACGGACAGCACAGGGCAACAUGUGUAUGACGCCAGUGGUGCUGUGUAUCAGGGUAUAGAGGAGGACACGGACGGCACUGGAAACAUCGACAGUCAGACCGCAUUAGACAUCUGUGUUACCUUGAAUGGGGACGAUGCCAUUACAGAUGACAUCACCAGUGUCAAGAGUGAAGCCGAAAUAUUCGUAGACAAAGAAGACCGAGCAUACCCGGGGUAUUUAGUUCAGUACCUCGUCAUCCAAGAGUCCCAAGAGCGCAGGCCCACGUGUCUCGUUGACGCACGUGACGGAAGGGUCACCAUGACCUGGGGUGCUCUCGACACUUGCAGUCAGUGCGAUGUCAAAGGCACGGGAGGGAAUCGCAAGAUCGGCAAGAUCCACUACGGGGAACUUCACAAAUGCCUGGAUGUCAAACGUGUCAAUGACACGUGCUAUACAGAAAACAAAUACGUUAAAGUCAUUGAUAACAAAGGAUUGUUUCUUAACAGCAGUAGUGCAUUGUACAACUUCAGUGAUGCCGCUUCUUACGACUGCGUGGAAGCCACAGACCAAAUCAACGGCGCGUACUCACCCAUCCUGGAUGCUCUGUUUUACGGAACGACUGUCGCAAGAAUGUUUGAGGACUGGUACAACACUACCCCGCUAGAUGGACAGAUAUUAAUCAGGGUACAUGUAGGAGUGAAUAUAUCUAACGCUUUCUGGAAUGGCCGUGAAUGUGAAAUUGGUGACGGCGGUGAAACACUCCAUCCUUUGGUUGCUUUAGAUGUUACAGGACAUGAAAUAGCACACGGAGUUACAGAACAAUCGUCCAAUCUAUUUUAUUUUAACCAAUGGGGGGCUAUCAAUGAGGCUUUUUCAGACAUUACUGGAGAAACGUCUGAAGCUUACCUGUGGAAGGCAGACUGGGUCUCCGGUUUAGACAUCACAAAAAAAGAAGACUUUAAACUGCGCUAUCUCGGAAACCCUUCGGCUGACAACCACUCUAUAUCCCACGUUGAUAACUUCACCGACGAUCUCGAUGUACACUAUGGCAGCGGCGUGUACAACCGGGUUUUCUAUCUUCUUGUUCACGAAUACCAGCAGUCCAUCAAAGAAAUCUACCGAGUCUUUCUGCUCGCCAACCGAAUGUACUGGCAUCACAUGUCUGACUACCACAGCGCUGCCUGUGACGUCAUGAAGGCUGCCUACGAUCUGGGUCAAGAUGGCGCUCUCUUCCGCAGGGCUUUCAAAGAGGUCGGAAUAGAGGUCUGUGACAUACAAAACCAUUUCGUGGGACUUAGGAAUGAUAAGGUUUACGAUAACAUCACGGUGUCCAGUGAAGUGUCCCCUGUAUUCCUCUACAUGUUUACUACUGAAGAACCGUAUUGGAAGUUCAGCGGCGUAAGUGUCAGCGCCAACAGCUCCACUGAUGACGUGCACAUCGUCCUCACCGACCAAGGCUGGGAUGUCGACGAGAAAGAGAGGGAAAUAUUUGCCGAGGGUGACAACCUCGUCAAAGCUGAAAUCGAAAGGAACGCAACUGCCAUCAGUAUCUACAUUAGGUUAUCGAGUGAAUCAACAAAACCUCUAACUGAUGUCACACUACUGGUGUCCGCAUUUAAACUCUAGUCUCGUCACAAAGGUCAGUCUAUCCAAUUCAUACGGCAACAAACAAAAUAAGAAUAUGUAGCCUACAGAAGGUAACAUGUUUAAAGCGGUCAUGCAAUAUCCGGCGGCGGGACAAAACUGGUCUUAGUUCGAUACCCGUGAGACGCAAACGUACUUUUCCUGGUGACUCAGCUUUAAAAUGUAUGAAUGAAUAUUACGGAAGUGUGAGAGAGAGAGAGAGGAUGGUACCGACUUCACGAGAAAGCUGCCCCUGAGAUCAGAAGGAUGUUUGACACCUUCUCUCAAUGGUCACAGAAAUCAAAGAACCACCUUGAUAACCAGAAAUUACUUCAUAAGACAUACUUCCGAACUUUACACUCGUCAAGUUCAUGACUUAAUCACAAAACAAUAUUGAACCUAACGAUCCUUAUAUUGUUAGCAUAUAAUGGUAUCUUUCUUUUUGCUGUACGAAUUAUUUCAUUUCUGAAUAGGUUUUAGAAUCUUUCUGUCACCUGUUGUGUGCCAGUAUUUUAUAAAGUCUUAUGUUUGUAUUGUCAUUUUAUAGUUUGCAUGUAGCUGUUAAUUACACCUUUGAAUAAAGCCGCUGCUUAUUUAUAACCACAUCUUUUUCUUGACUAAAUGUAAAUUAAAGAGCAUUAAGAUGGACAGUUGUUUGCUGUUUUCUUUUCUUGGUUGUCGUUGCGUUGACUCUGUUCAAAUAUUUAUUUGUGCUAGAUAAAGUGCUGUAGUAUUUGGGUUGUUUGGAAA